GCACUUAAGAGACAAAAUGUGGACAAGCUUGUCCGCAAACCUAUGUGUACUUGAACUGGGGCUCUUUUUCAUGGUUUGGGCUGUGGUCUCCUUAGUUCCAAUUAAGGGACAUCUUAAAAGGGACAUAUCAUGUUCAUUUUCAGGUUCAUAUUGUAUUUUGGGUUUCUACUAGAACAUCAUUACAACAUUAUUUUCUCAUACUAUCUGUUUCAAUAUCCCUGAAUACGCUCUGUUUUAGCGCCUGUCUCUUCAAGAUGUGACUUAUGGUAUACAUGGCAUGUGACAUAGAAAGGGGAGCCAAACCUGAAUGGCUUGUUGAAUAACAUGUUUUCUGAUCUAGGCAGCCCACAAAAAACAGACUGGGCUGUCAUAUUUCACAGUUUGUGAGUCUGCGCUCCUGAUACCCAAAUGUAUGUGCUCAAGUACUGAAAAUGUGACUUUUUCAUGAUAUGUUUCCUUUAAUGUUACACCAUGCAAUGAUAUUUUAGAAAAAAGCACAUUUCCAACUUUUGAGAAACAGCUUGGGGAAGAUCCUUUCCUCUGUCAACAUUGCCCCUGUGCACAAAGCAGGUCCAUAAAGAAAUGUGUUAUUGCGUUUGAUGUGGAAGUACUUGACUGACUUGCACAGAGCCCUGAGCUCAACCCUAUUAACACCUGUAAGAUGAACUGGAACGUCUACUGUGAACCAGGUGUUAUAGCCCAACAAAAGUACCAGACUUCACUAAUGUUCUUGUGGCUAAAUACAAGCACAUGAUAUUAUUGCCUACCCAUCUACCUAGUAGUACACCCACCUCAUCAACGACCACUACGGCACUCCUUAUAUGAUAUUAUCGGAGCAUUUUAAUACUCAUGGGUUUGAACUGUUCAAUGAGUGUUCUAUGAGUGUAAUGUUAAGGUUUCUACAUACUUUUGAUGAGAUAUUAUACAUGGAUGUAUUUAAUUUGUUGUUUUUCUUUUUAACUUAAUUGUCUGUUUUGAUAUUCAUGAUUCAGAAUUAUUUGUAUCACGCUGAAGGGGAAAUAGUCGUUUCCUUAUUCAGCCACACGAUGUCGCUUUAUACAAUAAAAAACGUCGAUUAAAAGGAAGUGCAAAACAACAACGGUGAUAUGUUUUGAUACAGCGUAUUUCAAACCGUAUGAAAGAGGGGCUUUGCCUGUGUUGUUUUUCAAGAUUUUGUUGGGUUGUUGCUUUGACUGUUCUUGCUGAAGCUGGGCUGGAUAACGUUAUGGCCAGCGCUUCAUCGGGAUCCUGGAGGGAAGGGUGUCGACCAAAAGCAAAGCACCAUCCCCACCAGGACUGAAAAAGUUGGACUCCCCAGGUCUCUCCCAGUGGUACCCAGGAACCCUUCAUUUAACCAUGGACCAGAAGGAGAACCUGAUUGAUACCGACCUCUCUCUGGUUGUGGUUCUGCCUGGCGGAGUAGAAGAAAUGACCACAGUCCAUGGAAGCAAACCCCUGAUGGAUCUAUUAGUGACGCUUUGUGCAAAGUAUCACCUCAACCCAUCCAGCCACACCUUAGAACUGGUCACCGCCAACAAGAACAACACCAAACUCAAGCCCAAUGCUCUCAUAGGAACUUUGGAUGCAGAGAAGAUCAUACUUAAACCUAAAGGGCAGGAUAAAAAUAAGAAGACGGGUCCUCAGAUGCCCGAGGCAACUGUUCGGAUGGUGAUAAACUACAAAAAGACCCAGAAAACUAUACUACGAGUUAAUCCUCGCGUUCCCCUGGCUGACCACUUACCAGCCAUCUGUGAGAAAUGUGAAUUUGACAUUGAGACUACCGUUCUGUGGAGAGAUGUUCAAUCACUGGCCCCUUUGGACUUGUCCAGCUCUCUAAAUGAUUAUGCAAUCAGGGAAGUUUAUGCAAGAGACACUAAAGGACAACCUGCUUCCCCCGUGUGUCCAGCCUCACCAACGCAUGCAGGAGCAGUGACGCCAGGCAAAGAUAAAAAUCAGAAAGAGAAAGAAAACAAAGGACUCUUCAGCAAGUUUAGAAAAAGCAAGAAGAAAUCUAACCAGGCAACGACAGCCAGUGCCCCAGCUUCUCCUGUGCUAGUGAACAAGCCUCGACCUCUCAGCAUGGCCUUACCUAGCUCCAAUUCGUCUCCGCUCACCUCCCCUACACUAUCCAUCGAUGUGCCAAAGAAGAGACGUGCACCCCCACCCCCAAUUGUGGUGUCCCAGAGCUGCGCCUCGGACCUCAGCACUCGCCGGAGACUUCAUUCUGAACCUACUGCCCAACUGGACAGUGACCAGAUGGCUGGUUUAAGUCGUGGGUCCUCAGCAGAGUCUUCAUUAAAGAGAACCAAACGCAAAGCUCCUCCACCCCCCACAUCCCCUAGUGCUGUUGUCCAAGAAACAGUUCCUCUGGAUGAAAGUUUGCAAGGAGGUGCAGCUGCUAACACACUGGAGGAGAUUAUGGAACAAGAGGAGACCACUGCUUCUGUAAUGUCUGCAACUGCUAGUGAUACCCAGGGAGAGGACUGCAGCCUCAACACGUCUGCUGAUGUUUCGUUGCAUUCCCCGUCCCCAGAUACUGAGAUAAUGGCCACGAUGUCCAUGGAGGGAAAUGGGGAAGAUCAGUCUUGUGAUCUGUCCUCAGAUGGCAAUCAACUGCAGAGCACAGUGAAUGAUUCUGUAACUCUGAGUGAUGUGAGGACAACUGAUGGCAUGGACUCAUCUGAACUGGCAGAUACUAAUAGUGGUCCACGUCCAGUUGAAAAUGUAAGCCAACACCCGAUCUGUGAAGAGUCUACACCUCAAAAUGUCGAGGGUGAUUGCAGCACUGUACCAAGCAGCCUCCCUCCGCCUGUGUCACAGGAUGCGGAUUUGCAGGCCUCUCUUCAGGCAAACACUGUAACCCUCUGGGAGCAGACAGACAGGCUGGAGAGCCCGGUGGCCACCAGCACAUCACGCCCCAGUGGAGAAGAUGCUCAAGUGCAAGCAGAUUUCCCACCACCACCUGUGCCUCCACAACAACACAUGGAAAAAAAUCCUCCCUCAGCUAAUGCACCUGCCUUUGAAUCAGCAGCAAAGAAAGAUAUGGCCACUGUAAUGGAGGAAGUGAACUCGCCUGUUCUCAAACAUGCCUUACCCCACACCUCGGAGACCUUAUCAUGCCAAGACUCAACACCAAGUGCUCCUGCCACAACAAAGGCACCAUCUAUUUAUGCCACAAAUUCUGAGCCAAAGCCCAAGCCUUCCAACGAGCUUACAAGGGACUACAUCCCCAAGGUGGGGAUGACAACGUAUACUAUCGUGCCACAGAAAUCCUUGGAGAAGCUGAGAUAUUUUGAAGUUGCACUUAUAUUGGAGACGCCUCCUGAAGCUCCAGAAGGGGGACUUGAUAUUGGGUCUCUUCAGCUGGAGGAGAGCACAGCACCGAGGGGACAGACGGAUGUCUCAAAAGCAAAAAGUGAGCUGCACUCUACUAUACCCAGGGAAGACUUACUGACUAGCACUACUACUACCCAAGGCACUGUUAAUGGAAGUAUACCUGAAUCCAUUCAUUCUUCGUCACCAACAAGUUCACCUAAAACCGAUGACAAGAUCUCAUCCUUUGCUAAUGGGGCAUCUCAAGCAGGUUCACCAGCAGAGGUCAAGGAGAUGAAAAUUCCACCUGCGACUAAACCUAAGCCCGGUUCUUUCCGUUUGGCACAGCACAAAAAAAAACCUGGGCAUUAUGUAACCUCAGCAGCAGAAAAGAAUCUCAGCGCCAGUCCUGGGUCUGGCCAGAGGGAGGCUCAAAUAAGUGCAGAGAGAGCAAAUUUACCACCCCCUCCCUUUCCACCUCCUGUGCAGUGUCAAGAGGAGACAACAGGGGCUGCUGAUGUUGAGCUGAGCCCUAAAGGGGAUGAUAAGAAUGUAGCAUUCAUGCAAAUGACCAGGCAAAGUAGUUUGCCAUCUAAAGAGCCAAGCAUAGGGUUAAGCUUGGAAAAAUUAAGGAGCUUCGCAGCCCCUAGGCCCUAUUCUCCUGCAACCCCAUCCCGCUUUGCCCAGGCAGUGUCUUCUGCGGUGAGAAAGAGCCACUCCAUAUCCCAUGGGCCAACGUCGCCUAACUUGCCUGUUUCCCCACACUUCUCCCCAAGCACAAGUCGCUCAUCAGUCAUAGAGUCAGAAGGAUUAUCUGAGCUCAAGAAUGGUGAAAAUAGAGUGGUGGAUGGCGACAAAGACUCCACUCUGCAGCUGGUAGAGGUGGAACCACCAUCUUUUAUUGGGAUUGCUCAUAUAGAAGGAAAGAGCAGUCCAUAGCAGUGCCUUAAUUCUUCUGACAAUAUAUCAUCUACUGAGGAGAUUAUCCUGUCUACUUUGAGUUCUCCAGAACCCUUUAUCCCAUGACACAGAAGCAGGAUCUGUCUUGUUUUACCUCUUUUGGUAGUCUCCAACAGUGUAAAUUAUGUAUUUUGAUAAUUAAUAAUUGCUGUAUUUUGUUUUAUUUUCAAGCAUGUCAUUAAGUAACAUCCCUGGCGCUGACCUGCAUAUUUUAAUGCUUCUGUUUUAUUUGGUGUGAUGAUCAUCAUGCAUUUAAUGCAUGACUGUUGUGUGUGUGAACAAGAAUGUUAAAUGAGAACAAUUCUAUAACUUAUUAUGAAAUCUAUUAUCUAAAUAAUACUGGAUUUGUAGGACCAGACCAUGUCUGACCUAUGGUACUUAAAUGCCCCUCAGAUUAUACAUAAAAUCUAUAUUUAAGUGUUACAGAGUUUUGAUUGAGCUAUAUCCAGAAAUACACUGAUGUGCACAGCACACGUUCUGUCAAGCAUUGUUGAUAUGAAUAAAGCUUUUAUCAUUGCAGAUGU